AUGUCUCUCUGCGAUCUAUGCAAGAAUAUUCCUUGGGAAACUCUUCCUGAAGUGCCGCCUGAUCUUAGUGGUAAUCUGACAGGAUACAAAUACAUCCAGCCACUACUUAAUUGGCCCGCGGACGUGCGAGGUCACGAGCACCACCAUAAUCUUGAUGCUCUGCGAGAGUCGGCCUCGACAUGUUCCCUCUGUUCCCUCAUUCUCUCUUCCGCAGAGAAUGUGGAGAAACAGCUCCAAGAGCUGAAGCCACAAUGGGAAGCCAAAGAAAUACAUCAGUACGAUUGGCCAACCUAUGACUUCUUCUUGGUGAAGAGACAGGAAGGUGGAGAUGGCUGCUGGGUCAUGAGCUUCGUGCGCCCUGACACUGAUCAAGUCGAAAAGAAUAGAAAGAAACGCCGUAAAGAGGCGUGGAUCAUAGCGGCGCUUGGGAUAUGCGUCCGAGAGGGCGAUCCUUUAGAAGAGGUCAUCCAAGGCAGACCGGUAGAGGGUGACGCGAACCAAACGGUUGCUUUUGAAAGAAGCCGCAAGUGGCUAAAGGAUUGCGAAAGUCAUUCCGGCUGCUCUCCGUCUCAGCCUCUCUUGCCUUCUCGAAUCAUUGACGUCGGCGAGCUUGGAAGCCCCAAGGUACAUCUCUGGGAACCGGUACCUGAAAAUACGGUCGGACACUAUGUCACUCUGAGCUAUUGCUGGGGAUCAUCUCCACAGUUAACCACGACGCGAGCAACAAUGGAAGAGCGGAAAGCCGGAAUCACCAUAUCCGACAUGCCAGCGACGCAUCAAGACGUGAUAAAGCUUACCCGGGAGCUCGGGAUACGCUAUCUUUGGGUCGACGCUUUAUGUAUCUGUCAAGAUGAACGCGCGGAUUGGGAAAGGGAAUCAGCAAAAAUGCUUUCAAUCUAUUCCAAUGCGUACUUGACGGUCGCUGCGGUUAGAUCCCACCACAGUUCCGACGGUUUCCUGGGUCCCCGUGCUAGUAGAAGAUUCGUAGAACUGGAUUAUAGCCGCAAUGACAUUAGCGGAAAGGCUCUUGCAUUCAAUUUGCCACUGCGAGAGGAACAUGUAAAGCACGACUAUCUCGGUUUGCCGAAUGAGCCUCUCUCUCAGCGAGCCUGGGGUCUGCAAGAGCGUAUGCUCUCUCAUCGGGUCUUGAUAUAUGGUUCCGACCAGAUAUUCUUCGAGUGCAAUGAAGGAUUCCGCGGAGAGGACGGCCUCUACCUCGAGAUGCGGCAUGAUUGUGUACACAAAAGUCUAGACGCCAAAAGUGAAAAUAACAGCGACAGCUGGCUGAAGGGACUCACACUAAACAAACGACCGAAGCACGACACCUUGAGGGGGUGGUAUAACAUGCUCUGGAAGUAUGGACCAAGGAAGCUUACACGUCCAUCCGACAAACUUCCAGCUCUCUCGGGAAUAGCCAGUCUCUACGCAGAGAAGAUUGGCGAACAAUAUCUUGCUGGCUUAUGGAGAGACCAACUCAUCGAGGGUUUGAUGUGGCAGAGUCUCAGUUUCCGGCGUGUUCCCGAAUACCGUGCCCCUUCAUGGUCAUGGGCGUCCGGUGAUGGAAUCCCGGCAACUGGCCAAAUAGUUGAUUUCAGUGACAUUGCCGAGAUUCUGGAUGCGAACGUCACUCUCAAGGGUGACAACCCGUUCGGAGAGGUAACAGAUGGCUACAUCAAGCUCCGGGCUCCAUGUCAGCAACUUUAUCUUGUCUUGGAGAAUUGGGACCCGGAAGCGCCAGGCCACUUCAAGUAUGACAACAACAUUAAAGUGCGCACCAAGGACGGCAAUCCUGAAGGUGAAUUUUCACGCUUUGACUUCGCCUUCACAGAUGAUGAUGCUCCUCAAGAAGCGAAGAAGAUUGUGAAAAGCUUAGAAGGUGUGGAUAUAUUUGCUCUCCACAUUUUCAAGAGCCGAUCUUGGGAGCCGGAUGCGUCUGAUGACGAAGGAACAUACCAUUCGCUGAUCGUGAAGAAGGUAAAGGGAACAGACAAUUUUGAGAGGCUCGGGUUCUUACUGUCGGACAAGGAUAUGCUGGGGAAAGAACCCGAGAAGGAAGACAAAGAAGGAUUUUGGACGGUCACACUGGUGUAG